AUUGUGGGUAAGAGGAAGCGCUGGGGCCGGCCCGCUCCCCCCACGUGUCCGCCGGAGUUUCUCCACCAGCAACAUGGCCGCCGCCUGAGAGAAGAGCCGGGCCGCCGCCGCCUCUGCAGCCCGCGGGUAACUGGGCGGUUGCCGCCGUCCGCGCUCGGCCCCUGCGGAGAGAUCGAGCUCAAGGACUGCGCGGCUGGUUCUCCUCUAGUAUGGCCAAUGAAGAGGAUGACCCAGUCGUACAGGAGAUCGACGUGUACUUGGCCAAGAGUCUGGCGGAAAAGCUGUAUCUCUUUCAGUACCCUGUGCGUCCAGCCUCGAUGACCUACGAUGACAUUCCGCACCUCUCAGCCAAGAUCAAGCCCAAGCAGCAGAAGGUAGAGCUUGAGAUGGCCAUCGACACGCUGAACCCCAACUACUGCCGCAGCAAAGGAGAGCAGAUCGCGCUGAACGUGGAUGGGGCCUGCGCCGACGAGACCAGCACGUAUUCCUCGAAGCUGAUGGACAAACAAACCUUCUGCUCUUCCCAGACCACCAGUAACACAUCCCGUUAUGCUGCUGCACUCUACAGGCAAGGUGAGCUCCACCUGACACCUUUACAUGGCAUCCUGCAGCUGCGGCCCAGCUUCUCCUACCUGGAUAAGGCUGACGCCAAGCACCGGGAGAGGGAGGCAGCCAACGAGGGGGACUCUUCACAGGAUGAGGCAGAAGACGAUGUUAAGCAGAUCACGGUGCGGUUCUCCCGGCCCGAGUCAGAGCAGGCCCGCCAGCGCCGUGUGCAGUCCUACGAGUUCCUGCAGAAGAAGCAUGCGGAGGAGCCCUGGGUCCAUCUGCAUUACUAUGGCCUGAGGGACAGUCGCUCUGAGCAUGAGCGCCAGUACCUGCUGUGCCCCGGCUCGAGUGGAGUGGAGAACACGGAGCUCGUCAAGUCACCCAGUGAGUACCUGAUGAUGCUGAUGCCGCCCAGCCAGGAGGAGGAGAAAGACAAGCCUGUGGCCCCCAGCAACGUCCUGUCCAUGGCCCAGUUGCGCACGCUGCCCCUGGCUGAUCAGAUCAAGAUCCUGAUGAAGAAUGUGAAGGUCAUGCCUUUUGCCAACUUGAUGAGCCUCCUGGGCCCCUCCAUUGAUUCCGUGGCUGUUCUGCGGGGCAUCCAGAAGGUGGCGAUGUUGGUCCAAGGGAACUGGGUGGUGAAGAGUGACAUCCUAUACCCCAAGGACUCGUCCAGCCCUCACAGCGGCGUGCCUGCCGACGUGCUCUGCAGGGGCCGGGACUUCGUUAUGUGGAAGUUCACGCAGAGCCGCUGGGUGGUUAGGAAAGAGGUGGCAACGGUGACCAAACUCUGCGCUGAGGACGUGAAGGACUUCCUGGAGCACAUGGCUGUGGUGAGGAUCAACAAAGGCUGGGAGUUCAUUCUGCCUUACGACGGGGAGUUCAUCAAGAAGCACCCAGAUGUGGUCCAGCGGCAGCACAUGCUGUGGACGGGUAUCCAGGCCAAACUGGAAAAAGUCUAUAAUCUUGUAAAGGAAACCAUGCCAAAGAAGCCGGAUGCACAGUCAGGGCCUGCUGGGCUGGUCUCUGGGGACCAGCGGAUCCAAGUAGCCAAAACCAAGGCCCAGCAGAACCACGCGUUGCUGGAGCGGGAGCUGCAGCGGCGGAAGGAGCAGUUGCGGGCGCCUGCAGUCCCGCCCGGUGUGCGGAUCAAGGAAGAGCCGGUGAGUGAGGAGGGCGAGGAGGACGACGAGCAGGAGGCGGAGGAGGAGGAGCCCAUGGACACUUCCCCCAGCGGCCUCCACAGCAAGCUGGCCAACGGGCUGCCUCCCGGGCGGGCUGCAGGCACGGACAGCUUCAAUGGGCACCCGCCCCCGGGCUGCGCCAGCACCCCUGUGGCUCGGGAACUGAGGGCCUUCGUGGAGGCCACCUUUCAGAGACAGUUUGUGCUCACGCUGAGCGAACUCAAGCGCCUCUUCAACCUGCACUUGGCCAGCCUGCCCCCCGGCCACACACUCUUCAGCGGCAUCUCGGACCGCAUGCUGCAGGACACGGUGCUGGCCGCUGGUUGCAAGCAGAUACUGGUGCCUUUUCCCCCACAGACUGCUGCUUCCCCGGAUGAGCAGAAGGUGUUUGCCCUCUGGGAGUCUGGAGACAUGAGUGAUCAGCAUCGACAGGUUUUGCUUGAAAUUUUUUCCAAAAAUUACCGGGUACGCCGAAACAUGAUCCAGUCUCGGUUGACUCAAGAGUGUGGAGAAGAUCUCAGUAAACAGGAGGUGGAUAAAGUACUAAAGGACUGCUGUGUAAGCUAUGGUGGCAUGUGGUACCUUAAAGGGACAGUACAGUCUUGACAAUAGUAGCAAACCACUAACCCAGCAAAUCUAAGCCCAAGGAAGAAGGGCGGAACCAGAAGUAGAGCCUCGACUUGCUUCAGACGACACAGAGCAAGAGGAACUGACCAUCUCAUGGCCUGUGGCAUUGCAUGGUGCAGUGGACAGAAGGGAUUAUCCUCAGCCAGUGACAGGGUCAGCUUAAGUUAGAUCACUCCCAGAAGAGACCAGCUGGGACCUUCUUUGCAGUACUAUUUGAAAUUCCUGAUGUAUUUGGCUUAUUUGGUUUCAUUCUCAUAAUAAAGAGAGUGUAUACUGACAUGGGCAGGAUGAUAAAAAUCAUGGUUUAAUAUUUUCUUUUGUAAACUUAAUGCCAACAAGGUCUAAGUUAUGUUUACAACAUGAAGAAAACCUCAAAGUUUUUAAUUUUUAAAAUGCCUAGAAGACAAUAUUUAGUCUUGGAUUAUCUAUCUGCUAAGACCACCAAUUUCAUUAAACCAAAUUGAAUUACUCUACUCUUGGGAUUCUGUGGCCACUUUACCUUUGACAACAACCUACUUUAUGUAGCAGUUUCAACUGUUUACAUGAACCAUAGCAAAAAAAUCAGAAUCAAAUCCAUCUCCUUUUAAUGCUUGCACAAAGAUGCAAACAAAACCAGGUAAGUAUGGAACAAUGUAUAAGUGAGGUUAUCACACUUUGAUGUAAAAAUUUCUAUUUUGUGUAUUUUUAAAAUAAACGCUAACACUAAACUAGCA